AUGCUGGCUCUCUCACCUCUGUCUGAUGCUGUUAGCAAAGUGAAGGAGGUCUUUGUUUUCUUUUCUGACGGGCCGAACCGAGUAAAAGCAUUUGUGAGUACUCUAAAAUGUGUCACUGCUAAUUGUCAAACCAAAACUGACUAUGGGCCUUUUUUUCUUUAUCCUUUUUUUGAGAAUAAAGACCAGUUUCUUCAUGAUGAAGUUUCAUCUUCAGUGUCACAACUUGCAGCAAAGGUUCAAGGUGCCAGUUUCCGGGGUUGGAAGGAAGUGACGUCUAUGUUCAACAAAGAUGAUGAACAGCAGUUGCUAGCAGGGUGCAAGUCUCCAAAAUCCAAAGGAACAAACCUAAAGCUAAAGGAAGAGAUGAAGUCUGAAAAGAAGCCAGGUUUUUGGGACAGUUUGGUGAUAAAGCAGAAUGUCCAGUCUAGGAAACCAGAUGAAAUUGAGGGAUGGGAACCACCGCAGAUCGCUGCUGCUGACUCUCCAAGCGAUGCAGCAGCUGCUUUAAGUGACUAUACAGCCUGGUCAGGCUGGGAGGAUGAAACCAAAGGCUCCACAAAGUACACAAACCUGGCCAGCUCAGGAAACAGUUCCAGGUGGAGUAUCAAAUCAGCUGGAAAGCUGGUUAGUAUUAGACGUCAAAGCAAAGGUAACCUUACUGACAACUGGGAAGAACUAGAAUGAUACCGGUAAUGUGAAAUACUUUCUAGAGAAGAAGAGAAAGGUUCCAUGAUUUACUCGUAUGUUUAAACCAAAAUCGAAUCUGCUCAAUAUUGCACCUUU